ACAAUGGCUACGGCCAGCAGCAUGUAGCCAACGGAUCUACAGUUAAGAUCUUGUUUUUAAUUAAGCUGUUUUAAUCGUUUCCUACUUGUUCGUAUUUUAACCGUUGAAAUAGAAACGACUGUUUACCGGAGAUGGGAGUUCCGGCGUUUUUCCGUUGGCUCAGCCGAAAAUAUCCAUCAAUUAUUGUGCACUGUGUGGAGGAAAAGGGGAAGGAGUGUAAUGGAGUUCGUAUUCCUGUUGAUACAACGAAGCCAAACCCCAAUGAGGUGGAAUUUGACAAUUUGUACUUGGACAUGAAUGGGAUCAUUCACCCCUGCACGCAUCCAGAAGACAAACCGGCUCCUAAAAAUGAGGACGAAAUGAUGGUCGCCAUCUUCGAGUACAUUGACCGCCUGUUUAAUAUCGUGCGGCCGAGGAGAGUUCUCUACAUGGCCAUCGACGGAGUGGCUCCGCGUGCCAAAAUGAACCAGCAGCGCUCUCGACGGUUUCGUGCCUCCAAAGAAGGGGUCGAGUUGGUGGAGGAGAAGAGUCGCGUGAGAGAGGAGGUCAUCCAGAAAGGAGGUUAUCUUCCUCCAGAGGAGAUUAAAGAAAGGUUUGACAGCAACUGUAUCACCCCAGGAACAGAGUUCAUGGACAACCUGGCACACUGUCUGCGAUAUUACGUGGCCGAAAGACUCACCAACGAUCCAGGAUGGAAGAAUAUUGUUGUCUUCCUGUCUGAUGCCAGCGUCCCAGGUGAAGGAGAACACAAGAUUAUGGACUUCAUCAGGAGACAGAGAGCUCAGCCCAACCAUGACCCCAACACACAUCACUGCCUGUGUGGAGCCGACGCUGACCUGAUCAUGCUGGGCCUGGCCACUCACGAGCCAAACUUCACGAUCAUCAGAGAGGAGUUUAAACCCAACAAACCGCGACCUUGUGGUCUCUGCGGACAGACUGGCCACGAGAUCAAGGUCUGUCAGGGGAUGCCCAGAGAGAAGCAGGGGCAGCAUGAUGAGUUUGCAAACACGAUGCCGGCGGCUGAGCAGGAGUUCAUAUUCAUCAGACUGUGUGUUCUGCGGGAGUACCUGGCCAGAGAGCUGACCAUGGCCAGCCUGCCUUUUCCCUUCGACUUUGAGAGGAGUGUAGAUGACUGGGUUUUUAUGUGUUUCUUUGUUGGAAAUGACUUCCUGCCACAUCUUCCGUCCUUAGAAAUCAGAGAGGGAGCGAUAGAUCGACUGGUCAGAAUCUACAAAGAUGUUGUUCACAAAACUGGAGGCUACCUGACACAGAAUGGAUACGUCAACCUGGAGCGAGUUGAGAUGAUCAUGCAGGCUGUGGGCGUUGCUGAGGACAACAUCUUCAAGAAACGCAAAGAGGAUGAUGAAAACUUUAAGAGAAGAAACAAAGAGAAAAGAAAAAGAAUGAAAGCGGAGCAGCAGGGCCCGGCCUACCUGACCACAGGUCAGUUUGCCCCUCAUGCCCUGGGGAGAAGAGACCGACCCGAGGCUGUCCAGAAUGCUCGGCACCAGGCCUGUGACAUGAGGAUGCAGUCAAACAUGAAUGCCGCUCAAUCCUUGAAGGCCAUGAUGAAGAAUGGAGGCAAUUCAUCUGCAGGUCCCAGUGACAGUGCAGACAACAGGGGAGUGAAGAGGAAAGCUGAUGACAGCGAUAGCGAGCCGGAGCCUGAAGACAACGUCAGGUUGUGGGAGGAAGGCUGGAAGCAGAGGUACUACAAGAACAAGUUUGAUGUGGACGCGACAGAUGAGGAUUUCAGGCGGAAGGUGGUCCAGUCGUACGUGGAGGGUCUCUGCUGGGUACUGCGCUACUAUUACCAGGGCUGUGCUUCCUGGAAGUGGUACUUCCCGUUCCACUACGCACCGUUCGCCUCUGACUUCAAAGACAUCAAAGACAUGUUCUCAGACUUUGAGAAGAACACCAAACCAUUCAAGCCACUGGAGCAGCUGAUGGGAGUGUUUCCUGCCGCCAGCGGUAACUUCCUGCCACCAACAUGGAGGAACCUCAUGAGCAGUCCGGAUUCCUUGAUCAUCGACUUUUACCCUGAUGACUUUGCCAUUGAUCUAAACGGCAAGAAAUACGCCUGGCAGGGUGUUGCCUUGUUGCCUUUUGUGGAUGAACGUCGGCUGAGGGCGGCUUUGGCUGAUGUUUACCCCGACCUCACUCCUGAGGAAAAGAGGAGAAACAGCCUGGGAAGUGAUGUGUUGUUUCUGGGGAAGUCUCACCCACUCUUUGACUUCAUCCAUGAACUGUAUCGCACAGAAUCUAACGAGGACACUGAGAUCCCUGCAGAGCUGUGCCAUGGAAUCCAAGGUCGAUUAAAUCUCGAUGACGACCCUAUUCUACCAGAUAAUACGGUGAGGUCGCCUGUUCCAAUGCUGCGAGAUAUUUCACAGAACACUGCAAUCGGAGUGAAGUUCAAGGAUCCCCAGUAUCCAGAUGGCUUUGUGUUCAAGGCGGUCCUCCUGCCUGGAGCAAAGAUUCCCAGUAAGGUUCUGAAACCCGAGGACUGGGUGAGAGGGAACGGGCAAUCUUGGAGGCCUCAGCUGGGUUUCAACCCAAACAGGCAGCAAGCUCACCUGGACCAGUCUGGCUUCAGGGCUCUGGGCCACAAUCUGAACAGAAGCCAACAAGGUGGAGGACAAUACAGCAACACUCCACCGCCAAGCAGCUACAACCAAGGAGGUUACCGACCUUCACACAGCGGUGGCCACCAGUCUUUUCAACAUUCCAGGCAGAACAGUCUGAUGGGAGCGCCUCCCUCCUUCCACCAGCCCCAGUUUCCAAGGCAGCAGCAGCAGUACAGGGGCGGGGGUCACGGCUGGGAUCGGGCCAUGCAGACGCAGCAGUCGGCGUAUCAGCAAAACUGGAACCGUGGCGGAGGCUCGGGGCCGGGUGGCUACCAGCAGCAGCAGCAGCAGCAGCAGCAGCAGCAGCAGCAGCAGCACUACGAUCACCGUAGAGAUGACUGGCAUGAUCGCAGAGACAACCGGGGGCAGCACCAUCAGGGCUACAGCUCCGGCAGAGGUUACCCUCUCCCUCCUCCAUCCAGAAGAUACAACUGGAACUAAACUCUUAAUGAUGUUGGGAUUUUAUGGAACGGGGAACUGUUUUUAGGGGAACAAUGUCAACAUCUAGCUUUUUUUGUCCACAUUUCAUAUUAUUGUCUUGUACAAGGAUUUUUUUUCCUUUAUUGUACUACUUUGGAAAAAAAAAAAAGUGUGUUAUGUAAUCUCUGAUUUUUAUGAUGAAGCCUCUUAAACUUGUAAAAUACAAGUGAGUGAAGGACAAAGUGUCCCGCUGUGGUUAUUUUUGAGAGGAACCUCUCCAACUUGGCUCAUGUGUUUCAAAAAUGAAAAUAAAUUCUUCUCAGUGAUGUUGGUAUAUUUGUCUGAGCAGAAAUCUCUUUUUUUCGUGAGUUAAAAAUAAUAAAUAAACCCAUUUAAAUUUAGUUUAAAUAACUGUCCUAGAUUUUUUG